ACUAAAAACCAAGCUACCCUUCCCUUUCUUCGAGCCCUCAUACCUCUCUCUCAGAAACCCAAUUUCCUGUAUAAAAAUACUCUCUCAUCAUCCUCCCCACCUCAUUUUAUUGGCUUGGACAUCAUAUUCCAGCUCACAAAGGCAAAAGAAAGCAAGAAGAAAUAAAAAAGAAACAUUUCUCCUCUCUCAUUACUAUUUAAUCAUCAUCUACUAAUGAACCAAAAGUGAAACAAUUUUGUUUUGCUUAUCAUACUGCACACAAUCUCUCUCUCUCCAUUUUUAUUAUCUUUGAAGCAGUUGGUUCGUGUAGAAAUGGGUAUAAGGUUUUUGAAUCUGCAAAUGAUUCCAUGGUGUUUUCAUAAUUUGAUGGGCAAUCCUACAUCAUGCUUGCAACUCCAGUCUGAGCCACCGGCAGGUACAAUCAAGCUUAUAAAAUCAGAUGGGCUAGUGAAGAUCUAUGACAGACCAGUCUAUGUCUCAGAGCUAAUGGUAGAGUUUCCAAAACACCUGGUUUGCCAUUCAGAUUCAUUCUAUAUAGGUCAAAAGAUCCCAGCUCUUUCUGAGAACGACCAGCUUCAAUUAGGCCACAAGUACUUUCUUCUACCCAAAGAUUGCUUCCAAUCUGUACUGUCUUUUGUCACUAUAGCUUCCUUUACCAGCUCCUCACUACAGCCUCAACCAUCAUCUUCAAGAAAUGCGUUUCUAAAAAAGGCUGCUACUUGCCAACCUUUUGAUAUUCAAAAAUCUCCGAAUGGGUGUUUGAGGAUACGUGUAUCGGAUGAUUUUAUAUCACAAUUAAUGGAGGAAGGUAAAGUAAAGGAGAGUGAAGAAGAUCAGAGUUCAGGGAAUUGUAAACCAAAGAGUAGAGUUUGCACUACUCCUCAGUUGGAGAAAGAUUACACGCAGCUUGUCGGGUCACGCCAAUGGAAACCGAAGUUGGAGACAAUAAAGGAGAACGAAAAGAGAAGACUUUCUUCCUCCUUUGGAAUGAAGAGGAGGAAGAAAUCUCAGUCUAAAGUGACACAAAAGAGUACUCAUAGAUCAGUCUCAGAACAACACCUUCACUCAACAUCUACCAGUCAUAACAAGUCUUCUCUAAAGGCCAAGAUCAAGAUUAAACCAAGAAAGUGAUCAUAGAUUUGGUUUUAGUCACUUUUUUCUCUUUUCUUUUCUGGGCCUUUCAUCACCCUUGAUGUACUGUGUAAAACUGGCGAUACAUAAUUAGUGAGAUCAUACAGAUUAAAGAACUGAAUGAAAAAAGGGUUUCAAUCCCUCUUCGAAUA